AUGGGACUUACUGCACACUGGAAGCCGUCACAAGCUGGCCUUUUGGUGUCAACUACUGUUGUCCUGCGUCUUUCUCAUGAGCUUCUGAACAAGCUCAAUUACAAGUACUUGCUAACUGGUAGAUUGUCACAGGAUUGUCUCGAAAACAUCUUUUCUGUAUUGAGGCUCGGAAAACCUGUGCCGAGCGCAUAUGAUGUCAAGUGUGCCUUAAAGCUUAUCUGCGUUGGCCAGUUUGUAAACACACCGACAUCAUCUAGCUAUGGUGUUGAUGACAGCACGCACCUGGCUGACCUUCUUGACCCCAGUUUCAAACAGGAUCAAGUAGAAGGUCAGGAGCCCGAGGAGCUUGAGAACUUGUUUGUUUAUGCACUUACCACAGAAGAGUGCGAUAUCCUUGCGUACUUGGGAGGCUUUUUGCUGAAGUCAGUCAUCGGUUUUCUUGGAGAGUGCAAAGACUGUGAAAGAGCCCUGGUUGGCGAUGCAACAGGCCAGUACAAUGCUCUUAUACAGCUGAAAGAGUAUGUCAAGAAUAGCGGAAAGCUCAUCCAGCCAAGCCAAACAGUGAUGCAAGUUUUAAUCGAAUGUGAGGAAAACUUUAAGACUUUUGCAAACAUGAAUGAGAUCCUGACUCUCAAAGCUCCAUUUACAGGUGUCCUGAGUGCCUUGCGGAAGUCUGUGGCUAUGAGAUUAGGGUGUUGUGAUGCGCAUGAAUCAAGGGCAUGCAAAAUGCUCCUUGAGAAGUAUGUGAGGACAAGACUUAAGAUUCAUCUCCGACAGCAGCAUGCGCAGAGGGUGAACGGACAGUCCAGCAAAACCUGUGCCGCUGCUAAUCUUCUCUGAGCCGUGUGUGGCGUCUCAGUGGUUAAUUUAAUGCUGCUGUGGUUGUGUGAUGUGUUUGCAGAAGUGUUUGACGUGUGCCUCUGGAUGUCUUUUUAACGCCUCGAGCAGGUGGGGCAUUCACUAAAAUGUUUCGCACCAAAGCUCUUUGUUCAUUGUUUAGUGUACUGAAAAACAGCAUGCUUCCAUGCGUUCUAGCUGCUAAUAUUGACUUUACCUGAAUGCAGCAUCACUAGUAUCAGAUUAACUUUCUUUAAUGCUUGUCUUUUUCGUAUGGCUGUAACAUAUUUUGUUGACAGAUAUCAUUGGCAGUCUUGAUUUCAGUGAUGUGUUGUAUCCUGCGACUGCACAGUUGCGCUGAGAAAAUAUGUGAGAAUACUUCGAAGGCGUAUUGCUAUUGCAUAAUCAGAAAGUGACUAUGUGCACCAGAAUUUAAUGGCGCAAGAAUGUAGGUUUGUAUUGAAGCUAUGUGGUAUUGUGUGCUCCGCCUGGUACAGUGGCAGUGAAAGUUUGCAUAACCGUGGUCUCCUGUGACGGCUUUACUUGAAUUUAUAUUCUUUGAACUGGCAUGAACUUUUUGGCUUUAUUACUGUUUGACUCAUGUUUUGGUGCUUGCUAUGCGACAUUUAUUAUGCACAUAUGUUGUUUAUUCAAAGCAACUAAUCUUUUCGUAUUCAUUUUCGCCAAAGAAAGAUGGUUUAAAGCACAUAGUUUUUGUUGAUUAAAUGAAUGCUGUGUAGCUCCUUCAAAGAAAUCCUCUGCAACACGCACCCCUUUCGUGUAAUUUUGUUGCAUCGCAAGUGUAUGGGAAGACGCUGAAGAGUUGGAAUUAAUCAAUGGAACAUUCGUGGUGCCUCCACGGAACAUGUAAAAAAUAUUGCGGCUUUAUUAAGACAGUCUGCACUCGGGUGGCCAUGAUGGCUUAUGGGCGACUCACUGCAAGAUUCAGAAACAUUUCACUUCGAAGAACAUGAAAGCUGUUGCGGAGGAUUAUGUGAGGACCUGUCACAAUUUUCAUGCUAUUCGUGCCAAGUUCCACCCAAAAUGAAACCAGACGGUCAUUCCUUGAUGUUCAGAUGUGCCCUUCGAAGUUGUCAAUCUCGAUUUUCUCUCAACUCAAGAAGAAUCGAGAGGGUGUGCACCGGACUCGGUCUUUUAUGGUGGCUUUUUACCA